CAACAGAAUCGACGAACCGGGAUUUUCCAUUGGGAAAUUCCAGUUUACAUUCAGAACAUCCAAGUGAACAAGAAAAACCAUGGCACACCGUGCCCAUGGUGGUGAGUUUAAAAGAAGCCACAAAGGAGAAGUGAAGGUGAACGAAUCGUCUCCAGUGAUCCAGACGUUCCGCGUGUACCAGCGUGAACUCGAUAACAGACAUGACAAGUAUGAGCGGAUUGUCAAGCUCAGUCGAGACAUCACCAUUGAGAGCAAGCGCAUCAUCUUCCUAUUACACAGAGUUACUGGAGCAGAUACACCUCAAACUGUCCAUUCAGAGGCAAUGGAGAAAAUCAAAGAGAUUCAGGAACAAAAGUUUUUGAAAAUUGCCAAAGAACUGGAGGGGGAAGAUCCUUACAUGUUCAUUAGAGCGUAUUCACCAGGACUACAAGAAUACAUUGAAGCAGUCUCAUUCUACCACUUCCUGAAAGAAGGAUCGCUGGUCGGCCUCAACCAGGUGGAAAACGAUCUCAUGUUUAACUCCACGGAAUCGCCAACUGUCUCGCAGGUUUACGUUCCACCGGUGGAAUACAUGCUCGGAAUCGCAGAUCUGACCGGGGAGCUCAUGAGGUUGACAAUCAACAGUGUCGGUGCGGGGGACUUGGAAACGCCGUUCAAGGUCCGUGAUUUUAUGCAGAUCAUCCACGAAGCAUUUCAGUCUUAUGGAAACACUGCCCGGGAAAUCAAUAAGAAGAUGUUUACUCUGCGACAGAGUCUACAGAAGGUUGAGAAUGCAUGUUACACGAUCCAGGUGCGAGGGUCCGAGAUCCCCAGACACAUGUUAGCAGACGUUCUCCGGCAGCCAGUACAGUGCUCUGAUGACAAUCAGACAUUUUAGGAUCAGUGGUUUAGCAUCAGAGGCCCCUCCCACAACUAAACAUUGGAAGUUACUACAGUGUGUGAUUUUGGUUUAAAAAAAGUAAGUGUCAUAAUGACUCCCUAUUUGCAAAUCUUUAGAGCCCACCACCAACCCAGCAAGCCCUGCUGUGUGUCUCCAGUAGAACAGAAGAUACACUAAAUAUUUUGCAUGAAACCAUGGAAAAGAUCGCCAUUCAAGACUGGUUUCCCAGGAUUUUUGAGAUAAAUGUUGACCGUGUCAUUUUGAAAAAUCAAUGUAAUUUGCCACUGGUUGGGAUGGGGAAAAAAUGCACUUACCCACCAAAGGGGUUUGAUCCGGUGACCUAUGUACCACAAGCAAAUGCUCUACUGAUGAGUGAAGUGCCAGUCAUGUACCUACAUACAUGAAUAUAUGUACACAAUCUGUGUACCGACAGAUGUACACAAAGAGUGAAACCUGAAGCUAUAUGUAAAUAAUAAUUGUCUACUUUUAUGCUUGAGACAAAAUGUGCUGUUGAAGUUGUGUGUUGGUGGUUAGAUCACAAUAUUUUAUCAACAGAAAUUUUUACUUUUAUAUGUGCUGUAUGAACUUUUUUCUUCUUUUUUUUACUACAUUUCCACCCAACAUUUUGGCAGAAUCCAGCUGCUUAGUUACAUAAGGUGAACGUGAUCCUCAUAACUGUCUCUGUAAUGUCCAUCUUCACGUAAGACUACAUGUAACCAUUUUUCAUUGAUGAAUAUCUGAAGUGUCAUGGAAUGCUGUAGAAUAUGAGUCUUCAUUCAUUACCUUAAAUGAAAUUUUUUCUCAUAAAAAUUGUUUGGAUUUUAUGUUUUGUUAUUUUUGGGGGGUUCUGCUUGGUUUAUUGGGUGGAUGUUAUGUAUAAACAAUGUACUUGUUCAUAAAUAUCAAUGUCUUCUUGUGUAAACUGCAUGACUGAAGAAAUGGUAAAACUCAUUCAUUUAUAGGUCAUUGCUUUCUCCAUUAUACAGACAGUAACAGUUUUUCUGUUAAAUCAGAUUAUAACUACAUAGAAAUCCCCAUCGGUGGACCCAUUGGGCUAUUUCUCAUUCCAGCCAGUGCUCCACAACUGGUGUAACAAAUGUCGUGGUAUGUACUGUCCUGUCUGGGGAUGGUGCAUAUAAAAGAUCCCUUGCU